UGUGGUGACGCGAGGCACGUCGGCCCAAUCAGUGAAGGAGUCUGCAUUCCCAGGAAAGGAGCAGAUGAUAUGGCAGCUUUGUGAGCGUCCAGGUGGAACUUGCUUUCUUUAAACACGGCAGUUCGGGGAUCAUGGAGGCGUUUUAAAUACGAACACAGCAACAAGGCGAGCUAGGUUAAGAUGAUUUACUUAAUAUUUAUUUCGGCUUUUUUGGGGGCAAUUGCUACUUUGCUGUUACAGUUCUUGUUAUUGUACCGGAGAAGCCCCGAACCCACAGCUAGGACAGUGCAAUAUGUCAAAACAGUGCCCGAUCCCGCAUUGAAGGAUUACUUUAUUAACAAACAUGCCGAAUCUGGGCCGCAGCAGCCAGAAAACGCGGCAUCCAAACAACAAGACGGCAUUGCUCUUUCCAGGCAGCAGGAAGGAGCGCUUCCCAGCAGUAGUCCCAAACAGCCGCCGCGGCAGCAGAACGAUUCUGCCCACACUUCCAAACCCGAGACUUGCAAUUUCCUCAAUGCAAUAUUUUUAUUCCUGUUCAGAGAGCUACGAGACACCCCUUUGGUUAGACACUGGGUCACCAAAAAGAUCAAGGUAGAGUUCGAGGAACUGCUCCUGACCAAGACAGCAGGGCGGCUGUUAGAGGGACUCAGUCUUCGGGACAUUUCUUUGGGCAAUUCGUUGCCCGUCUUCAAGACAGCGAAACUUAUGAAGCCCGUGUCUUGCAAUGACGAUGGCAUGCCGGAGGAGCUUAAUUUCGAGGUGGAUCUGGAAUAUAACGGCGGGUUCCACCUGGCUAUCGACGUAGACCUUGUCUUUGGAAAAUCCGCCUACCUGUUCGUCAAGAUGACCCGGGUGGUCGGGCGGCUGAGGCUGCAGUUCACCCGCUUGCCCUUCACCCACUGGUCGUUCUCGUUCCUCGAAGACCCGCUGAUAGAUUUCGAGGUGAAGUCGCAGUUCGAAGGCAGACCGCUGCCCCAGCUCACCUCCAUCAUUGUGAACCAGCUGAAGCGAGUCAUCAAAAAGAAGCACACUUUACCAAAUUAUAAAAUCAGAUACAAACCGUUUUUCCCUUUUCAAGUGCAGCCGUUGCUGGGACAGACCUCUGACCUGGACAUUUCUGUUCAGGACUCGCGGCUGGUCGAGGGGAGACUCAGAGUCAUGCUGGUUGAAUGCGGCAGGCUGUUCAUCUUGGGGUCGUAUGAUCGAGAGACGUAUGUCCACUGUACUUUGGAGCUGAGCAGCAGUGAGUGGAAAGAGAAAGCGCGGAGCUCCAUCAAGACAGCGGAGCUGGUCAAGGGCAGCUCUCAGAGUGUGGGCCUGACCUUCAGACAGGUUCCAGCCAACGAGGGCGAUGCUGUUCACGUCAGUAUUGAGACUGUUGUCCCCAGCUCCCCGGCUGCGCUGGCUGACCUGCAGAAAGGAGACCGCCUAAUUGCUAUCGGAGGUGUUAAAGUGACUUCUUCAGUUCAAGUGUCGAAGCUCCUGAAGCAGGCAGGAGACAAGGUGAUCGUGUUAUACGAGAGGCCUGUGCGUCACCAGAUGCCACCAGUAGGAGUGCUGCAAGAGGGGUUCAGCCAGUUCGAGGAACCUAGCUAUCUGUCCCAGCCUGUGUAUGAAGAGGACCCGGCCACUAUUACAACUCUGGAUCCCGCCGAUAGCAAAGAUGUGGACUCUGAAUUUGAGGAGCUUGUUUGUGAUAUAAAAUCCACAAACACUGAGGCUAAGGAAGAAUCUCUGCUCACCGUAAACCAAAGCCCCAAGAGGACAGUGGUCAAUCUUGCUACUAAACCACUGGGCACAAUAUCACCCAUCCUUAACCGCAAGCUAAACUUGGCCAGCCUUCAGUCUCCUCUGAAACCACAGCCAAAGGAGGUGAGUAAGCCUCCCCUCUCAAAAAGCUCUGAGGUGUCUGAAGCACCACAACUGCAGAGUAAGCCUCCACAGACAGUCCCAAACAGACCCCCAGUUCCUCCUAGACCUCACAUAAAGUUAACCUUAGCUUCAGAAACACAGUGCCUACUGGAUUCAGGGGAUGCCCCCCAGGAGAAGCCAGAGAGGCCACCACCACCUUUAAGCAAUGGGGACAAACCUGCAGAGAAACAGGGAGGCAAACCAGCAGAGCAGAGUGAAGAACUGGGUUUGUCCAACUUAAACAAACAGGACUUGACCAAAGACAAGGUCUGCGAGAGCUCCUGCAGUACAAAGGACAGUGUGGAAGACAACACAGUGUGGGAGUCCUCAGAAGCCACAUAUCGGAAGCAGAUAGCAAGAUGGAACAAGGCCUCCUCUGUAUUUGAGGUGGAGAGUCACCAUAAGUACCUUAACAUAGCAGUUUGGUGCAAAGACCCUUUUAAAAUUGGCAGCCUCCUUUGCUUAGGACAUGUCAGUCUGAAACUUGAACACAUUGCUUUGGAAUGUCUGUCCACAUCGUCUAUGGAAUUUCAAACCACUUUCAGGUUAAACGCACCGGAACCAAAAGCAAAUGUGAGUAGAACUGCUCUCCGAAAUCUCAGCACCCAUAAGGGAUUUAACGAGAAACUGUGCUAUGGCGACAUCACCUUAAACUUCAGCUACCUGAGUGAAGGAGAAUCGGAGCACUCAAGUGGCCUAGUGGAAAGGGAAGGGGAAUGCGGUGUUCAGGAGGAGGAGCUCCUGCUUCCUAAGGAGGAAGUCGGCCUCUCUGCUAUGCAGAAUUCAGAGGUGAAGCACAACUUUCAAGAUACACAGUUCCAAAACCCCACAUGGUGCGACUACUGCAAGAAAAAAGUAUGGACCAAAGCCGCUUCCCAGUGUAUGAUCUGUACCUAUGUGUGCCAUAAGAAAUGCCAGGAGAAGUGUCUCAGUGAGCAUCCCUUCUGUAUUCCAGCUGACAGGAGGGUGGACUUGGAGGCAAAAUCAACCAUGAACAGAGCCACAGGAUUAACUAGACAUAUCAUCAACACCAGUUCCCGUUUGCUUAAUUUACGACAGGUCCCCAAGGCACGUCUGACUGAGCAGGGAGGAGACAUGGUGGAGCCCUCCCCUAAACACACUCCAAACACCUCAGACAAUGAGAGCAGCGACACUGAGACCUACAUGGGAGGUAGCCCCUCUAAGCGGCCUGUCACCUCGGGGAAUAAGCUGGUCCGAAAGGAAGGAGGCCUUGACGACAGUGUCUUCAUUGCCGUCAAGGAAAUCGGCCGGGACCUAUACCGCGGAUUGCCUACUGACGAACGCUCCCAGAAGCUGGAAUUCAUGCUGGAUAAGCUCCAGCACGAGAUCGACCAGGAGCUGGAGCACAACAACUCCCUGGUGAAUGAGGAGAAGGAGACGUCAGAUGCUCGAAAAAAGGCGUUGAUAGCCACUGCCUUGUCUAAGUCUGGGGAGAGACUACAGGCGCUCACUCUGCUUAUGAUUCAUUACAGAGCAGGCAUUGAGGAUCUGGAGUCAAUUGAAAGCACCUCCCCAUCUGAGCAGCAGGUCAAGACCAAAGGUACUGAGGACACAAUGGUGAAUGCAGAAGUCUUUGAAAAUGAGAUGUGCAGCCCUGUGGAAGCUCAGAUGCUAGAUGAUAUUACAGAAGAACAGAUCUGUGCCGAAGCUAUGCCCUGAGGACCCUUUCAAUAAGCGCUAGAGGCUUGUAACUUACAUCUGACUUUCUAAUUUAAUCCUGUUUCAACCUCUAACAAGAUAAGUUGAAGAUUUCUCAGUGCAGCUGGUCAAUGAACAUUUUCUAGGGGGCUGUAUAGAUCGCCAUUCCUUUGUUAAUGGAAUACUGAAGGAUCUUCAGGUUUUGUUAAACACAAAAAAAAAAAACAGAGAAAAAGGAAAAUUUCCGUAAUAGACAGUUUUUCUUUAUUGUUCAAAGAGGAAAGGUUCAGCACUCUCCAAAAGUCCUGGCACAGCUCAGCAAACCUAUCUAAUAUAUAACUUUAGUUUUCAUACCUAUGGACACCUCAUACAUACCCAUGGAGAAUGCUCUGCCCUGCAAGGCAUAUGACAGAAGCAUAAAGCCAGCCGGGAACAACCUGUAUUUGGCAUCAGGAGAGAAAGGAUGUCAUUCACGUUGUUCUCUUGGGGAUUGAUCAAAAUGAAAUUCCCAAAUGCAUCUGUUCUGAAUAGACUUUGAUUUUAACAUUCCUCCAGGUGUGAUGACUGUACACUUAGACAACAGAGGGGCACAAAGAGUGAAUUUUUUAUGUUAAUUGUUUAGUUUAAAAUGUUUUUUUUUUUAAUUCCUGGGAAAUGUCAAUUUAAUGGUCGGAGUAAAUCGGUUUGUUGCACUUUAUUUAUACAAGAGCAUAAAGGCUGGAAUCCUAUCCUUUUAGUAACACAGGGUCUCUUUGAUUUUAGCUAAAAACAUGACUCAGGGGACAGCAGAUUCUCAUCUAAAAGGCACUAUGGGAAACAUACACUCCACACUUACUCAAUAUGCUCAAGUAUUCAGCAGUGACAGUAGUUUAAAUUCUCCAGAACUCUUAAAAAAGGAUGGACUUUCACAUCCUGUCUUUCACUGAAAUUUCUUCAUUAAACUGAAAUCAGAAUCUUAAAUGUGUCACAGGAUAAUUGGUUUCCCUACUGCAGUCCCCAUUUAUUUAGCUGAUAAGUUACAAGCCUCGUGUCCCAGACACCAGAAGGCUUAGACCUUUAAAAAUAAUAAAAUGAUCAUUGUUCUCAAUGUACAUUCAUUCUCUUUGUUUAAGCAGUGUAUUUUAAACUCAUGCGGUUGCAUCUGUAAAUGACAGUGAGGUCUUUUUAUGGCAAUGCUUUUGAAUUUAAUUCUCUAACUAAUCAGGAGGUUGUAAGUUGGUUUUUUUUUUCUGAAAUCUGUUUCUGGGCAGUUUGGCAAUGACCAAUGUUGUACUGUGAGAGCACUGCAUAAGCAAAAUACUGGAAAGAAACAAAACCUGUUUUGAGACCUGGAUUGGAAAGACUAUUAUGUUUUUGUCUAAAUUUUACCAAUGAAGCAGAAAUACUGGCUUAAAUAAUUGUCGGUUACUGUUAUUUAGUCAAAAUAUGUAUAUCUUGUUCUCGCUUUAGUGAUUGCUUUUGUUGUAAGAGGAUACUUUUUUAACUUUGGGGGCUAAGAUGGGAAGCACGAAUGCUAGACAGUUUUAAUUUUCAUUUUAAAGAAAUAAAGCAAAAAGCCUUGUAUCUGCUGCUUUUCCCCAGUAGGACAGUAGAUAUACAUGCAUGUUGUAUAUUCACCGUUUAAGGGUGACAUACUUAAGAUAAGAUUUGGCAUAAAUUUGAUAUUUUUCAUUGUUGUUGCACAUAAAGUAUCUCACCAUUUAGUUUGACAUGUUCAGUGCUUGUCAUUUCCCUGAGCUGAUUUAUGCUGAUUUCUUAGUUCUGUGUCAAGCUUCCCCUCUCUUAUCUCACAUACUUUGUUGUACCUACAGUAAAAAGUAGAGGUGGUGAAGUGAAGGUUUAGGGUUUUGCUGCUGUGCAAAUACUGUAUAUGCUGCUGUGAAAAUAGAAGCUGUUUUUAGAUAUGUAUUUAGACACGGCUCAGUUCUUGACUGAGGCGUAUUUUUCACUUGAAGACCAUAGCGACACUGGACCCUUUAUUAUGUAAAAAAGAAAAAAAAGCGCAGAUGUACAGCGUUGUUCCAUGGUCUUACCUGACAUUUAACCAUAUUUAAAUGUUGUACUGAAGGAUACUCUUGGCGGGCGCUUGAGAAAGAGUCCAGU